AUGGCGUCUCAAAGCAUCAGUUCUUCAUUCAGCAGUGUAGCCACUGUGUUAUGGUGUGCCGGUUUGUUGCUUGUAGGAUCGUUUGCAACCGCUAUUACUGGAAUCACAAUCAAUGGACAUGAGAGAGAUCGCGAAGCAUUGCUUGCCAUAAGGUCACAAAUUAAUCAUGAUCCACUUGGAGUCACAAGCUCAUGGAACAACUCUGUAGCCUUGUGCCGGUGGAAAGGAAUAACUUGUGGCCGUAGGCAUCAAAGGAUCACCAACUUGGACUUAAGCCAGCAACGGUUCGGAGGUACCUUAUCUCCCUAUAUAGGGAACCUCAGCUUCCUUAGGUUCAUCAACCUUCAGGACAACAAUUUCUAUGGUGUCAUCCCCCCCGAAAUUGGUCGACUUUCGAGGCUUGAAAGUUUAAUUUUGCAAAACAAUUCCUUUGGAGGAACAAUACCAGCCAAUUUGACCCAUUGUUCUAACCUCAUUCAGUUUGUUGCCAGCCGGAACAACCUUGUUGGAAAUAUCCCAGCCGAGUUUGGCAAUUUAUUGAAGCUAGAGAAACUACGAAUUUCUAUCAACUUUCUAACUAGGCAACUCCCAGUUUCAUUGGGGAACCUUUCCAGUCUACAUCUGCUUCAAGUAGGUAGGAAUAACUUGCAAGGGAGAAUUCCUGAUACAUUAGGCCAGCUUAAAAGGUUAGUCAAUCUUUCACUGGACGAGAAUAAUUUCUUUGGCUUAGUUCCUUCUUCAAUUUAUAACAUCUAUUCUCUAGAGAGAUUCGGUCUAGCAUGUAAUCGAUUCCAUGGGAGCCUCCCUGACGACAUAGGCUUCACACUUCUAAACGUUCGAAAAAUUUAUAUUGAUAAUAAUAGUUUCUCUGGGACUCUGCCAGAGUCAUUAUCCAAUGCUUCAAAGUUGGAAGCAUUUGAUGUUUCCAGGAAUCAUUUCAGUGGCCAAGUGUCCAUUAAUUUUCAAAACGCCAAGAAUCUUUAUUGGCUAAAUAUGGAAAUAAAUAAUCUGGGAAGCGGUGCCGCAGGGGAUUUAGAUUUUUUAACCACCUUAACUAAUUGUAGCAGAUUGCAAAUUUUUAGCAUAGCUGCUAAUCAAUUUGGUGGCUUGCUACCAAAUUCCAUAACAAACCUUUCGACAACAAUUAGAAUUAUAUACCUAGGUUUUAAUCAAAUAACCGGCACCAUACCUUUGGGGAUAACAAACCUCGUAAAUCUAAUAGGAAUUGGUUUGGAGCAGAACCAACUGACUGGCACUAUUCCUGAUUCCCUUGGUAAGCUUAAAAACCUGCAAUCAGUAACCUUCGGUAGAAAUGCUUUAACUGGGAGAAUCCCUACCUCAAUAGGAAAUCUCUCACUGCUAAGCAGGAUUGGUUUAGAAGAAAACCUCUUAGAGGGUAGCAUACCUGCUGGGUUUGAAAAAUGUCAAAAUUUGAUGCUGAUGACAUUAAAGUCCAAUAGGCUAACAGGUCUAGCUUCCAAAGAGAUAUUUAGCAUAGUAACACUCUCAGUUUACCUAGAUCUGUCCAAUAACCUUCUAACAGGCUCCCUUCCUUCAGAAGUAGGAAACUUGAAAACUUUGGUAAAACUGAAUAUAUCAGGAAACAAGUUCUCCGGUCAGAUUCCUGCUACUCUAAGUAGUUGUUCGAGCUUGGUGACUCUUUCUUUGGGGAAAAACCAUUUUUAUGGAAGUAUCCCAGCCUCUUUGAGCUCCUUGAGAAGCAUUGCUGAGCUAGAUCUGUCAGAUAACAAUUUGUCUGGUCAAAUUCCAGUGUAUCUUGAGAAAUUAUCCUUCUUGAUAUACUUAAAUCUCCCUACAAUCACUUUGAAGGACAAGUGCCAACGAAAGGAGUUUUCAGUAACGCAACAGCGAUUGCACUAA